AUGUCAACCAAGAAAAUCGAGCAGUGGGAAAUCGAACGAUACUGGGAGAUCUUCGCAUCACUAGCCAAUGGCCAGCCGCGUUUGAACAACUCCCAAGCGGCCUCGGUGCUCAGGAACAGUCGGCUUCGCGAUGAGCAACUGGAAAAGGUCUGGGAUCUGGCUGAUGUCGACGGCGACGGCGAAUUGGAUUUUGAAGAGUUCUGUGUUGCCAUGCGAUUGAUCUUUGACGUUGUCAACGGCGAACUUCAAAAUGUCCCCGCCGUCUUGCCUGAUUGGCUCGUCCCCGAAUCCAAGGCCCAUCUCGUCCACGCUACCCGUGCUCUAGGGAGCCAGGAGCAGUUCGAACGGAUAGAAGAUGAAGAUGAAACGCCGGGUCUUAAAGAUGGGUUUGACUGGUACAUGAACCCAGCUGAUAAGACCAAGUACGAAGAAAUCUACUCCGCCAACAAGAACCACCGCGGGGAAAUCGCAUUCGAAUCAUUACAACCCCUAUACGAUUCUCUCGAUGUCCCCGAUACUGAUAUCCGCUCCGCAUGGAACCUGGUGAACCCCUCCGCGUCGUCGUCGAUCAAUAAAGAUGCCACCCUUGCCUUCCUACACAUCCUAAACUAUCGACAUGAGGGAGUCCGCAUUCCCCGCUCCAUCCCGGCUUCUUUGCGCGCCUCGUUCGAGAACAAUAAGAUCGACUACCAACUUGACAAUGCGCGUCCGUCGCAGAAAUGGGGCUCGAACGGAGAAACGGAGACACGCUCUGGCCGGAAAGCCAAGUUUGGUGAUACGUACCUGAGCCGACUGGGCGCGGGCGGCAAAACGUCCUACACCCCCAAGGGAACGGAUUUUAGCGAAACAAUUCAGGACGAGGAAUGGGAGAGGGUCCGAUUGAGGCGCGAGCUCGCGGAGAUCGAGUCCAAGCUUGACUCCGCUAGAAAGGCAUCGGAAGGACGAAGGGACCAGCCCAGGAACGAUGGUCGACCCAACUGGGUUCUGAUCAAGAAGGAGGCCCUGCAGCUAUUGGAGUACAAGGAGCGCGAGCUACGGGAGCUGCGUGAAGGCACGGGCCGGUCCAAAGAAGGUCAAAACGUGGAACGGCUCGGGGAAGAUGUCAAAGCCGUUGGAGAGCAGGUUGAAGGGCUAAAGAGCCACCUUGCUCAACGGAAAGAGGCCCUCGCCGACUUGCGACGACAGGUUGAGGAGGAACGAGUAUCUCGGUAG